CUCAUAGCAUAUGCACAAUUUUUAGCAUUCAAAUUUCCGGAUUCAGUUGAUGUACAAAUUCAAUGUACAGUGGAAGUAUGUAGACAUGGUUGUAUUGAUACAUGCAAUGAUGGUAUCUCAAGUAAUCCACAACAACAACAGCCACGUCAAAAACAAGAUCAUCAUCGAAAUGAUUUCCAUAAAGAGAAUAAUCGAUUUCAGAUUGAAAAUGUCACUAGCCAUAGAUUUGUGAUGGAUAAUAAAGAUGAUUUACUUGAAUCAGCUGAUACAAAUAAAGAACCUGUCUCUACAAAUGUUCAUUUGCCUGCAGAUAUUAUUAAUGAUAAUAAAAAUGUUCAGCCAGUACAUUUAAUUGAUGAUGAUGAUGAAAAUGGUAAACGAAAUUAUUUGGAUAUUAUUGCCGAUUAUCUUCAUAAUGUUAUGACUAUCCCAUUGAGUCCAAUUUAUUCGAUGCCAAUGCCAUUGACAAUGGGACCGCUGACACCACCAAUUCAUCAACAGCAUCCAUCCAAAUCGAAUGGAUUUGGUUCAUUAUUAUUGAAUCCAUUCAAUUCAUUAAAAUUAUUUGGCAAUGGAAACAAUAAUAAUGGUGGUGGUGGUGGUGGUGGUAAUAAAAAAUACAUACCACAGAUAUUAUCAAAUUAUUUUCAACAAAAACGUCAACAACCAUCAUUACCAUCAACAUCGAUGAUGAUGAAUAUACCGAAUGAUAAUUUUGAAUUAUUACUCAAUUCAGCUAUUCCAUCAUCACCGCCGUCUCAUUCAUCCAAUGGAGGUCGUCUAUAUCGUAGUCGUCGUUAUAUCAAUGAUAACCAGGGCGAGAUUGGAUUGAAAAAAGGAUUUCAAGUUGUAACCACAUUAGAUCUAUCAUUUGCUCCGAACAUAUCACAGGAUAUGAUGCCUGUAUUUGAAGGCAAACCAGAAGCUGUUGUAUAUGGCCUAUGUUUUUCAAGCACAUAUUUUAUCUAUGCUCUUGCUACGGCUAUUUCGUUUUUAUUUAGUGCUAUAUUCGUAUCGAUUUUUAUCGUUUGUAAAUUAGAAAGAAUUAAAGUGGCCAAAAAGAAUAUCGGAUGCUAAGAUUUUCGAAUGAAAGAAAGAAUCUGGGCCAAAUAUUCAUCAUUUUAUUUAUUUAUCCACGCUUUAUAUCUAUCUGUAUCUGUAAACGAUUUUGAAUAUUUAUUUUUUUAUAAAUAAAAAAUGUUGUUAUUUUUAACCAA